ACCGAGGUGGCAGGAAACGGGUAGGGACCGCUUGUUAGGAAGGGGCCGCCAUGAGCCGACUGCGGGAGGAGGAUGACCCUUAUGUGAUCGAGGAGCCGAGCGAUGAGGAGCCGGCGCAGAGCAGCUCUGAGGAUGAAGUAGAUGUGCUCUUGCAUGGCACCCCUGAUCAAAAGCGCAAACUAAUAAGGGAAUGUCUAACCGGAGAAAGUGAAUCUUCAAGUGAAGAUGAAUUCCAAAAGGAAAUGGAAGCAGAACUGGACUCCACCAUGAAAAAUAUAGAGGGCAAGUGGAAAUCGCAGCUAACAGGCAGUACGUCUAACGCUGGACAGUCUGGAACAGGUUCCCCUGCAAAGUACUAUGAUGAUAUUUAUUUUGACUCUGAUUCAGAGGAUGAAGACAAAGUAGUUGCUCCAGAAACCAGGAAAAAAAGGAAACAUCAGCAACGCCGAAUUCCAACUAAUGAUGAGUUGUUCUAUGACCCAGAAGAAGACAACAGAGACCAGGCGUGGGUGGACAGGAAGAGACGGGGGUAUCAUAGGUUAAGAAGUCUUCACUCACAACAGCCACAAGCCAAACUUCCUGCCAUUCCCAGCAGUGACGCUGUUUUGAAUUGUCCUGCAUGCAUGACCACACUGUGCCUUGACUGCCAGAGGCACGAAUCAUACAGAACUCAGUACAGAGCAAUGUUUGUCAUGAAUUGCACCGUUAUCAAAGAAGAGAUUCUGAAAUACAAAGGUCCAUUGAACAAAAAGACAAAGAGAGGGCACAAGAAAAUUAAACAGAGUAGUGAAUCCAUUGCCAGUCAGGAAAAACAGGAAGAGGAGGAGAUAUAUCAUCCAGUAAAAUGUACUGAAUGUUCAACAGAAGUGGCUGUCUUAGAUAAGGAUGAAGUCUUUCAUUUUUUCAAUGUUCUAGCAAGCCACUGCUAAGAUGCAGCAUUUUGCAUUGGGUUAAGUUUGCAUAAAAAUUCAAAAGCCAAGGACUGUUCUGUUUCAUUUGUAUCGUCUAUUAAUCUGAUUUAAAAAUUGUAUCCUUGCCACACACCCUGUAUCGGUAAAGCAAGUGAACUUUAGUUAUGUAUAUAGUUCAUGUUUUUAGAACAGUUUCUUAUGUAUAUAAAUAUUUUUAUCCUGCUAUUUAGAAUUUAAAUGUUCUGAUCUUGGGGGAAUUUAGACCAUAGUCUGUGGCGUGGCUGCCUGAUAAUGUUGCUAUAAGCAUUACUGUAAGAGUUGAGCUUUAGUUUGUGUAAAUCAGAUAUUGGUAGCACUAAACUCUGUUCAAGACUUGUUUUUUGUUUUCCAUUCUUUAUUCACCCCAAUAUUUUGGAAACCCUGUGUACUUGUUUCUUGCUACAAUUUAAGGUUGGCCAUCUUGUUCUCAUAGCAAGACUGCCUUCUCUCUCUAACAUCAAAAAGCUGAACACCUUCCUAAAAGCGGUAUCCAUAUAUCAAGUAAAAACAAUCACAGAGGUGUUCUUGGUUUAUUACCUAUCAAACUCUUGUCAUUUAAGUCCUUUUCUAUAGGCUGUGUAAAAACUAUAAUUUAAACACCUUUGAAUGUGUUAUAAAAUGCAGAUUAGUUGGUAGAAUUUAUUGCUGAAAUGCUAUUGUAAAAAAAAUAAAUAUUGCAGCUUUCCCUGGAAUAAAUAAUAUGUAGAAGUGA